AUGUGUGACCCAGACACCCAGACUGAGCCUGACAUGUUUCUUAACCCCUUUGGGUCUAGGCUACUCGCCAGUCAAACGGGUGGUCCGCCGCCCGCAUGUUCCCGUUCGAAACAUAUUUUAUAUUUUCUAGAACCAAAAAAAAAAGAGGGGUGAGAGCGAGACCGUUAGAGCGAGAAGUGCAGAGGAAGUCUCUGUUGUACUUCUCCACACGCAACAGCUAUCUCCACCUGUAGGCUAUUAGGGUAGCCCGCGACAGGAUGUUGACCGAAGACAGGGUC